CGUGGCUGGAUGGGCAUCACAUGGCAGCGCCCGUCUGUUCAUCCCACCACAGCAGUGGUGGUUGGUGCAGGGGAGGGGGUGACAUCUGCUGGCUCAAAGGCCCUCUGUGCGGCGACAGCAGAAGGAAGGAAGGGAAAACGAGCAAGUGUGGAGGGUGGUGGUGGUGGUGUUGAGGGUGGGAAGGGAAGGAUGUGAGCAAAGACACAAGAAAAUGAGAGCAUGAGGGGUGGUGAUGAUGGCGUGUUGGUGAGUGGAGAAGAGAACGUGCACGCCGACACACCCACUGACACACCCACUGACACACCUGUCUGGGUGAUGCAGUGGUUGGAUCACAAAUCACCUGUCAGCACGCAGUCAUUGUUGGUUGGUUGGUUGUCUCACGCAUCAGCCACCAUUCUUCUUCAAUCAAGCAACGCAAACAAAAGAACAAACCUGCACUUCCCACCACUUCCCCUCCUUCCACUGCAAGCAAACAAACCACGACCAACAAGACCACCACACUCCAGGAUGCCUGUGAAGCUUGUGUUUGCGUCGACGCUGGCCACCCGCGCCUCCCGCGUCGUGUUCGUCGGCCGCCAGGCGGAGCUGGUCAAGGCCGUGCAGGGCCCCUCCUCGCCCAUCCUCGCCAAGCUGGCGGGAAGCGUGCAGGACACCGGUGCUGCUGCCGCCGUCUGCGCCAGCGCACUUGAAGCCAUCAAGGGCAGCGAGUCGCCCAUCAACGGUGCCAGCACCAGCGUCACCGUGCCUGCCGCCGCUGGCGGUGAUGGCGAGGACAAGGGCCUUCCUUACGUGCGCCUGUGCUUUGUCAUGACGCCCAGCGCGGCGACGCGCUUCAACAGCGUUGUUCGCCCCGACGCCAUCACCCGCAGCGUGCGCAGCUUCAUGGGUGGCGAGUUUGGGCACGAGGGCGAGACGCUGCAGGUCGUCUACGUCGUGCCACUGGAGGCGCACACGAGCGCCAGCCAGGACGCCAUGUGCGUCACCGCCGCCUCUGCCGUCUCGCGUGCCGUGCCCACGUACUCGCGCAAGGGCAACAAGAUGGAGACGAGCAGCCGCGUCACGGCGCAUGUCGCCUUCAUGACGCCCGACGGCAACAUGCACGGCGAGGGCGUGCUGUACGACCAGAUUGCCGCCAUCAGCGAGGGCGUGCGCCGGUGUGCCGCUCUUGUUGACACGCCAUGCAACGAGCUGCACAGUGCCUCGUUUGCAAAGGCCGCCCUGGACCUGGCGGAGAGCCUGCCAGGCGUCACUGGCGAGGAGAUUGUUGGUGAGGAGCUGCGGGAGCAAGGCUUGGGCGGCAUCUACGGUGUGGGCAAGGCCUCCGUCAACCCACCCCGCCUCGUCAUCCUCAAGUACACCCCUGAAGGCGCCACCAAGACCAUUGCCUGGUGCGGCAAGGGCAUCGUCUACGAUACCGGUGGUCUCUCCAUCAAGGGCAAAACAACCAUGCCAGGCAUGAAGCGCGACAUGGGCGGUGCCGCCGGCGUCCUGAACGCGUUCGUCGCAGCCGUCAAGUGCGGCUUCAAGGACAACCUGUACUGCCUGCUCGCCAUUGCAGAGAACUCUGUUGGCCCCGCAGCGACCCGCCCCGAUGACAUCCACGUGCUCUACUCCGGCAAGACGGUCGAGAUCAACAACACGGACGCUGAGGGACGCCUCGUGCUUGGCGACGCCGUCGCUUAUGCCGCCCAGCACUUCAACCCAGAUGUGCUCGUCAACAUGUGCACCCUCACCGGUGCGCAGGGCGUGGCCACGGGCAAGCGCCACGCCGCCAUCGUGUGCAGCGACGAGCGGCUCGAGGGAGAGGCCGUUGCUGCCGGUCGCGCCAGCGGUGACCUCGUGCACCCGCUCAUGUGGUGCCCAGAGCUCUUCUCCGACGAGUUCAAGAGCGCCGUGGCCGACAUGAAGAACAGCGUUGCCAACCGCUCCAACGCCCAGGUCAGCUGCGCGGCGCAGUUCAUCGGCAACCACCUCCCCGAGGGCUUCACCGACGACCACGCCUGGCUGCACAUUGACAUGGCCGCCCCGGCCUACAGCGGCGAGCGUGCAACAGGGUUUGGUGUUGCCCUCCUCUGCCAACUCUUUGUCCUCAGGGCCUGAGCUGAACGUGUGUGCAUGCGUGUGCACGUGCAUGUGCGUGCGUGCUUUGUGUGCAUGCACGUAUGCGUGUGGUUUUGUGCGCAUUGCGUGUGUGAUUGCCACGGCUGCGGUGGUGGUGCGCACACCUCCUCUUCUCCUUCUCUUUGCCCUUCUCCUUCAUGCAUGCAUGCACGCGCACAUAUGGAACAUGAAACGUUGCUCUACGUUUACUGGUGUGGGCUGGUUGUUUUGUUGUUGGACCUGACAUGAAGCGAUGAGCUCCUUCCCCCUCCCCACCAACAAGAGUAAACAGUCGCAAUCACGGCA